UAUUGACUAUCGUAAUUUUAGUAAUAAAAUAAAUGGAGUCUUUAUCCAAAGCAGCUACAGAUUCCAAGUCUGAUGCGGUUAUGACAGGGGAAAGCCAAGCCUUUUCAAAACAAAUUAACAAAAGAUCUAAACAGAAGCAGAGAAGUUUAGGCAAAAGAAAGAGAGAAAACCUUUAUAAAGAAGAUAUAAAAAGAUUUACCAUCAAAAACAAAAGUGAAAUCGUCGGGGAUGAUUAUUAUGACAACCCACAUACUUAUGAGAUUCCUAUAUCAGUCUGAAUGCAAGAUGGAAAGAUUAGAGAUGUCUUUUUCAUCAAAUUUUAUCCAAAAAAGCAAGAAAAGCAUAUUUUACUUCUUGCAAAUCAUACAUCAGAUAUUAAAUUCAAGUUUUCCCGGUUCAGUACCAUGAAAGAAGUUAUGAUCACUAAAUAUCUAUGCAGACUGAAUUAUAAUGAAGAUAAAGCUGAAGAUAUUGAAGAUUUCACUGAAAAAUAUAAGAUCCUAGAUUUGGAUGAUUUUGAUAAUCCUGAUUAUGCCAACGCAAUAGUCAAAGAUUCCAAACCUAGAUUUGAGCAUUCCACUGAUAAAUUUUUGGCAACUCAUCAAGCUGAUGAAAUCACCCGAAAAGUCCAAGAUUUUAUGGAAAGAAGAGAUACAGAACAAGAAAGACUGAAAGUUCACAUAUUCGUCUCCGAUUUGAAUGAAAAAGAGCUGUACAUACUUGCUUUCAGGACCCAUCCAAUUCUUGGAAGAUUCAUGUCUGCAAAAGCCUCUGUGUAUUUAGUAGAAAAUGAAGAUUACACAAUUGAAAACUAUUGCCAGACAUGAAUCGCAGAUAACAAUUACUCAAAUAAAUUUGAUGAAUCCUACAACAAAAAGGUCAAUGAGAAUAAUGACUUGUUCAUUUAAAUUGGAAAACCAAGUGGAAAUUUUCAAAACCAAUAAUUACACAAUACCAAAACUUAAGAAAGAGCUAGAGAAGAAGCAAGCAAAACUCAAGAAAGAGAAUCAGAAAGUUGAGAUGCUGAAAGAAGCGAUUGCUAAAGCUCAACAGAGUUUAAAGCACCGCUCUAUUAAAAUUAACAAGGAUAAGUUAGAAAGAGACUUGAUUCAAGAAGCAUACAAAAAAUUAGAAGCUGAUUAUGAGAAAUUGAAGAAAGAGAAGCAAGAAUUAAUCAAAGCUAAAAAGCUCUCAGAUAAAACGCUCAGAUUACAGAUUGCAAGUCUAAUUAAAAAGAAUAGCAUAAUCAAAAAGUUAGAUCAAGAUAUAGCAGAAAUAGAAGCUGAGGGACCUACAAAAGGACCUAAACUCGACAUUUAUGAUGAGACUUAUGACAGUUACGUUCCUUCCCCAAAUGUCCAAUGCAUGGUUUGAGUUGGACUUAAUAGGCCAAUUAUUGGAAAGAGAACUUAUACCACCUGCUGUGAAGAAUUUCUAGAACUGUGCGAGAUCUGUUUCAGAGCCAGUAUUGCAAUAUUCAAAGACAAGUGCUGUCCCUACUGUAAAAGAAGUUAUGACAAAAUGAGGGGACAAGAACUUUUCUUAGAGCCAACAUACUGGAGAAGUGAUCAAAGUUAAUUUCUCACUGAAAACACAU